ACAAUUCAAUCUCUGUGUUAUCUUCGGUUGCAAAUGCCACAGCUGUACAGACCCCCGGACAUUCCUAAAGUUGUCCGUAGCAUAAAGUUUCAACUGUGCAACGAAGCAGAUAUCAAACAGUUCAGUCACGUCCAGGUUCUGAAGUGUCUCUUGUACGGCGAAGGUCAGAACAACCGGAAGGCUCUCGAAUACGGUCUACUGGACCCGAAGUUGGGUGCGAACAAACGAGACGAACUGUGUGCGACAUGUGGACUCGACUACCAACUAUGUAUUGGUCACUGGGGCUACUUUGAUCUUCCUGUCCCGAUUUUUCAUGUCGGUUACUCAUGGCACAUUGUUAAAAUACUUCAAUCCAUAUGUAAGUGUGAUAUUGGAAAACCCGGAACUUUCGACUCUGUUACACAAGGGCUUGGAAAUCAUUCGACCUGCCAGAGCUUUGCAGUUAUUUUCGAAAAUACCCGAAUCCGAUCUUCCCUUGCUGAUGAUGCCAGGUGGAGAUUCAUGGACCACACAUCCAAAGGAUCUCAUCGUCCAGCGAGUUCCUGUUGCACCCAGUUCCAUCCGACCAUCAGUUGUGUCCGAAGUGAGGAGUGGCACGUAAGUUUCGGACCGCCUAUGGGCGUUCUGGCAAAUUUUCACGUAGUUCAUGUAUACUCUGCUAAGUUUGAUUUUCCCCUCAGCAAUGAGGACGAUUUAACACAGAUGUAUCAAUGGAUCCUCGCCCAGGCGGCCACAAUUGAGGAAGAUAUCACGGAGGCAGACCAGGUCGCAUGCUUGGACAACCUUCACGCUGAAUUUGCCCGUAUGAUCAAUUCUCAACAGUCAGGUCUGCCACCUGUACAGGAUCACAAAUUCAUGCGUGGUCUGCUCCAGCGGUUGUCUGGAAAACAUGGACGGUUUCGCGCAAGGGUAACCACAUUCAACUUGGACUUCUUGCGAUCCCUGGUCUUAAAUGGUCCAAAUCGUUAUCCGGGUGCACUAUUUGUCAGCUAUAAGCUUCGCGGAGAACAGAAACGACAGGCGGAGGCUACUGGUAGCUCCGAUGUGGUUAAGCGCUUUCUAGCCUCAGCGCGGGCACGCGAAGAUGUGGCCCGGCAUCUGCAACCGGGUGAUGUCGUCGAGCGACAUUUGGUCGACGGAGAUAUCAUCUUGUUCAACCGGCAACCCUCACUGCACCGAGUAUCCAUUCAGGCUUUCAAGGUUCACUUACCCGACUACUGUUGUUAUUUCUGGUCAUCCUGUAUUGUUUGUCACAUGCCCUUGCGCAUUCAGGCAGUGGUCAAGCCGUUCCGGACAUUCCGUUUCAAUCCUUGUUGCUGUAAUCCGUUUAACGCUGAUUUCGAUGGGGAUGAAAUGAAUGUUCAUUUGCCACAGACCGAAGCUGCUCGUGCUGAGGCGAAACAUUUGAUGUUGUCUCUCCGCAAUAUAGUCAGUCCGAAAAACGGAGAGCCAUUGAUAUCUCCAAUUCAAGAUCUGAUCACAGCCACACAUUUACUAACCCUCAAAGACGUUUUCUUCACUCGAGACCAAGCUUGUCAACUAGCUUCACAAAUCAUUGCGGGCAAUCACCUUCACCAGUCGAUUAAAUUGCCAAAGCCGGCUAUAAUGCAGCUAUUCAGCCUGAUCCUCUCUCCACAUCCUUCGACCAGUGUAAAGAUCAACAUUAGGCAGGCCACGAAGUCCAUGUACUCAAAUCGGGGCGAAGAAAUGUGCCCGAACGAUGGAUUCAUCCUAAUUCAUAACAGCCAGCUUCUAGCUGGUUGUGCGGACAAGAAGCUGCUUGGUGGUGGAAGCAAGGCAAGCAUAUUUUACAGCCUACUGCGGAAUUACGGGAGCGAGAUCUGCGCUGAUGCUAUGUGGCGACUAGCUCGAAUAUCUCUCUUCUAUCUGGCUCACCGUGGCUUCUCUAUCGGUCUGGGGGAGGUGAUGCCAAGUCAAGAACUCGUCAAAUCCAAGGCCAAAGUGAUAAAUGCAGGGUUCUCCACUUGUGAUGACUAUAUCCAUCAGUAUGAGAAAAACACACUCAAAUGUAAUCCUGGCUGCAGCAUGGAGGACACUCUGGAGUCUAAUUUAAGUCAGGAACUGUCAAAGAUCCGUGAUGAGGCGGGUGCCGCAUGCAAGCGCCAACUCCAUCCAUCUAAUUCUCCCUUGGUCAUGGCACAGUCUGGAUCCAAAGGUUCGUUUCUCAACAUCUCUCAAAUGAUUGCCUGCGUCGGCCAACAAGUAAUUGGUGGGAAACGCGUUCCGGAUGUGAUUAAUGGCCGCAGUCUGAUCCACUUCCCACGUGGUUCUCGCACUCCAGAAGCCAAGGGCUUCGUGGGCAACAGCUUCUAUUCCGGCCUCACUCCUUCCGAGUUCUUCUUUCAUGCAAUGAGUGGACGUGAAGGUCUGACCGAUACAGCUGUGAAAACAGCCGACACAGGUUACAUGCAACGGCGCUUGAUCAAGUUCUUGGAAGACUUGACAAUUGCUUACGACAAUACCGUCCGAGAUAGUCGCGGGGAUAUAAUUCAAUUUUGUUACGGUUCAGAUGGUCUAGAUCCAUUAGAAAUGGAGGUCGAAACCUUUCCUGUCGACCUAAACAAGGAGUUGAACAGUUUGCGGGCGAGUUUCCCGUGCCCCGAUGAGGAAGCCUUAACGCCUGAGCAGAUCGAGACAGUCCUUCAUGCGGCACUCGGUUUGGAGGCGUUCUCUUUCAUGGGUCCGGCGGUUAAGAUGGAAAUUCUGUCGUUCUUUGCCAAAUCUGUUUAUCCGCGCCUUCGAGUCUGGCAUCAAUUCUGCCUGAUCGACAGUAUUGGUCAAUGUGACAUUGGACAUCCCGAAGACGCACGUCUAACACGAACACAGGUACGGCUAUUUCUAACACGAAUCAAAGAGAAAUACGAGAAAGCUCUCAUUGAACCGGGCAGCGCAGUCGGUGCGCUAUGUGGUCAGUCCGUAGGUGAGCCGGCCACUCAGAUGACGCUGAAAACCUUCCAUUUUGCCGGUGUGGCCAGCAUGAAUAUUACUCAGGGUGUGCCUCGAAUGCGGGAAAUUGUCAAUGCAGCAGCGAAAAUCAAAACACCCCUACUUACGGUCACAUUAACUGAUCCGUUCUCGGCCUCUCUGGCUCGCCAAGUCAAGCUUGCCAUCGAACCAACGCGGUUGGCCGAUAUAUCUAUCUCACUUCGUCAGUGUUUGACCCCGGAAGAUGUUUAUGUGUCAGUCAAAUUGGACGAGAAACGAAUGGCACGCAGGGGCAUUACAACCGCCCGUGUUGCUUCCGUGAUUCAGUCCACAAAGCUACGCAAAGUGAAACUUUCGGGUGUGCCUCGAAUGCGGGAAAUUGUCAAUGCAGCAGCGAAAAUCAAAACACCCCUACUUACGGUCACAUUAACUGAUCCGUUCUCGGCCUCUCUGGCUCGCCAAGUCAAGCUUGCCAUCGAACCAACGCGGUUGGCCGAUAUAUCUAUCUCACUUCGUCAGUGUUUGACCCCGGAAGAUGUUUAUGUGUCAGUCAAAUUGGACGAGAAACGAAUGGCACGCAGGGGCAUUACAACCGCCCGUGUUGCUUCCGUGAUUCAGUCCACAAAGCUACGCAAAGUGAAACUUUCGCGAGUAACAUAUUCCAAGAACUUUGUCUACGUGUACCCAGUUGACUUGAACACACUGGAGACGGUGGUCAAAGUGCUUGAGGAUGUGGUGGUCAAAGGUAUCCCAGGCGUUGCUCGUGUUGUCAUUCAGCAAGACAAAGACCUCGAGCACCGGAUUUACGUGGAGGGCGCCAAACUCCGGGAGGUCAUGUGUGUCCCCGGAGUUGUUCCUGAGUGCACGCGGAGCAACAAUAUUCUGGAGGUCGAGCAGGUCCUUGGAGUAGAAGCUGCUCGCCGGGUUGUCAUCGAUGAGCUAUUGGCUGUUAUGGAGGGUCAUGGCGUGGAGGUGAAUAUCCGUCAUGUUAUGCUACUCGCCGACGUGAUGACGAAUCGCGGAGAAGUUUAUGGAUACCAACGUACCGGGAUGGCAAAAGCGAAAAACAGCGUUCUUUGUUUGGCCUCGUUUGAGCGGACCGGUGACCAUCUGUUUGAGGCAGCCUAUCAUGGACAAGAUGACAAAGUUAUCGGUGUUACAGAGAGCAUCAUUCUUGGCAAUCCAACUCGUCUUGGAACUGGAACAUUUGACCUUCUCAGUGAUCGGUGGCAAGAUCAGUUGAAGCUGAAACCGAAACCACUCUUGCUCCGGUGAAAACAGACUGAACAAAAUUAUUUAUUCCGAGACUCUUUUUUCUACCUGCCUUUUGAUCUCUUUCAGAAUACUCGUGCCGUGUGUAAAAAACGAUGGACCCAAUAUAUUUGAAUUUUAC